AUUACCACUGUGUGUUGUCAACAGUGAAUGCUAACCAGCGCGCAAGCCAGGGCGAGAUGGUUUCCAACAAGCCAGUGUUAUUGCAGCAAACGCUAAUACGGUUUCUUCAGAUUCUUGCGGGAUGCCACUUAGCUGGCUAGCUCAAUAAAUCCGUGUCUUUUUCGACCUCUGUUACGAUCUCAGUCCGGCCUUCAGAGUGAGGACGAAAUGACACAACACAGCGUUCGGCGCUGGACGCCCAAACAUGUCGCCAAGUGGCUGAAGGAGGAGGGCUUCUGCGACUAUGUCGACCUGCUGUGCAACAAGCACCGACUGGAUGGCACCAGUCUGCUUGCCCUCAGCGAGUACGACCUCCGCUCGCCACCCCUGGAGCUCAAGGUGCUGGGGGACAUCAAGCGCCUGAUGGUGUCCAUCCGCAAACUCCAGAAACAGAACAUGGACGUGUUGGAGGAGCUGGGUCUUCCCUUUGACGGCCACUCUCCGUCAGGCUCAGGAGGCACUUUGGACUGGCUGUGUAACGGAGACUCCGGCAGAGACUGUGACAGCACUGACACAGCUCCAGUGGGAGAAGAGUACCACCAGUACACUAAUGGGAAGUACAAGCAGCAGACGAGGAGACUGGAUCCAGAAUACUGGAAAACAGUGCUUAGCUCCGUUUAUGUGGUGUUUGUUUUUGGGUUCACCUCCUUCGUCAUGGUCAUAGUGCACGAGAGGGUGCCGGACAUGCGCACAUACCCUCCACUGCCUGAUAUUUUCCUUGACAGUGUGCCUAGAAUACCAUGGGCCUUUGCGAUGGCUGAAGCAUGUGGAGUGAUCCUCUGUAACAUCUGGUUGUUGGUUCUGCUGCUUCAUAAACACAGGUCCAUCCUUUUGAGGCGCUUGUGCAGCCUGAUGGGCACAGUGUUCAUGCUGCGCUGUAUCACCAUGUUUGUCACCUCCCUGUCUGUGCCUGGACAGCACUUGCAAUGUUCAGGAAAGAUUUAUGGUGAUAUGUGGGCCAAACUGCAGCGAGCUGUGGCCAUCUGGAGCGGUUUCGGGAUGACCCUGACAGGAGUGCAUACGUGUGGUGACUACAUGUUCAGCGGCCAUACUGUGGUUCUCACCAUGCUCAACUUCUUUGUCACAGAAUACACGCCAAGAAGCUGGAACUUCAUCCACACGUUGUCCUGGGUCCUGAAUCUCUUCGGCAUCUUCUUCAUCCUGGCUGCACAUGAACACUACUCCAUCGAUGUGUUCAUAGCCUUCUACAUCACCACCAGACUCUUCCUGUACUACCACACUCUAGCAAACACGAGGGCCUACCAGCAGAGUCGACGAGCUCGCAUCUGGUUCCCCAUGUUCUCCUUCUUCGAGUGCAAUGUCAACGGGCCCGUCCCCAACGAGUACAGCUGGCCAUUUUCACGACCCGCUGUGAUAAGGAGGCUGAUUGGAUGAUGAACAGGAAUCAGCAGAACUGUCAGACACUUUGUAGCCUGUGCUGUUACGUCUGCUUUGUCUAGUUGCCAACUCAAGCAGUGUGUGACAUUUACAUCAGCAAAGACAAAUGUUGUGGUCCUGAUAGCACCGAAGGCCUAAUGGAAUACACAGAACCAUAUCUUCGGAUACUUCAGGACUCCUCUGUUCCCCUGCCUCCCUUUAACUGUUUAGGCAGAUUCAACUACGCCCAUAUACACCCUUAUUUAUUUGAAGGUAAACACUACGGUGUCUCAUUUUCUGUUGCUUAUUUCCCCUCUAUGGGGAUAGUUUGAAUCGCUAUUUUUUUGUACCUCAUUACCUGAAAUUGGUGUGUUCAGACUGAAUGCAAAGCAAUUAGUUUUUUACACAACUUGUGUUGAUACAGCUGCUGGAGUGUAUUUUGAGUAUUUGAUUGCCCAUAAGUAUUUGCCCUAAGCAGCCAAUGCAAACUUGGUUAGUAGUUUGUCGCAUUAAUUAAGUGACAGAUGCAUAUUUUUCCAGACCUACAACAUGUUGUAGCCCCGUCUGAUUCGCUACUGUUAGGUUGUACAAUUGUACAUCUCUAAAUGCCCACAGACAAUAAUUCAAUUGUGUUCCCACAGCAACUUUAUUGAUAACUGGCUCUUGAAGCAAAAAUGUCAUUCCAAUUUUUCUUUGAACUCAAAGGUCUAUUAUUUCAACCUGGAUAGACUUGUAAUCUCAUCCAAUCAUGUUGUUCAGCAAACUUAAUCCUCUUGAUGUGUCCUUGCAUUGCCUUUCUAGAAAUCGUGCCCGGAGAAAUUGGAUUUGCUUUUUGUCUGAGACGCAUCCUUGUUUUUUUCCGGAUAGCAAAUGACAAGAAGGGAGCCACGUGAAAAAAGUUUUCAAGCAGCAGUGUAACUUGUGAUUCACAACAGUUCUCCGUCCUCUGUGCAAUAACUAUCCCUGAUCAUGCCAUGGUUGGAUUGGAUUCUUGACUGAACAUUUUUUCUUAAUUAUUUAUAACAAAAGCAUCAUGGACCACCGUUAAAGCAAUAUUUAAAGAUCAGUGUUUCACCUUUGCUCUUUUCUGCAGCGCAAAUAUUGCUCAUCAUGUGAAGAAACAGAUCUUUGCCAUUGUUUCAAAGUCUUUUUCAUUCCUUAAGACUGGGAUUUUGUUUUUACAAUGUAACAAAAGUUGGCAGGAAAGUAGAGAUCUAUGAAUAUUAUUUCACUUAGCCUGCCUUUUCCUCACCAGACCUAGAAAAAAAUAUCUUGAAUUCAGCCAAAAGAUGGAUUUUUUUUUUCCAGUUGUCUUAAAUAUAAUUCCAGUUGCCAAUUUUUUUAGUGUUAUGAUGGCUUUCUCUGUAUAAAUAUGUCCCAAAUUGUUCAUUUUUAUUGUAGAAUAUGUGUAAAGUUCUUUAUUUCACCACCAUAGUGUAAAUGACCUGACCUACUACAUUAUGAGCUUUCCCUUAGAAUAAUUCUUUAACAUGAACCUUUAGUAAUAGUUCUUAAAAACGUACCCUUGAAUUUGUAUUUGUUUAUAUUAAUUUAUUUAAUUUUGUAAAUGUUGAUAGGUAUUUUUAUAUUUCCUGUACAGUGUUCUAGCAACAUGCACAUGGAGAAAUAUGUUUACAGUUGCUCUUAACUAGGUAUUUGUUUGAAACACAAUGUGCUUUCUAAGUGUAAUGUAGAUUUCAGAUCGGCUUCUACAUUUCAUGGAGUGUAACCUGCCACUGUAGUAAGGGGAUGUUGUAAUUUACUUUUACAGCAUGUUAGGAACAUGAUUCUUCUAAAACUGACUUGACAGUCUAAAACAUUUCAGUUUGUUAAGGAGUGAUGCUGUUGUGUCCAUAUACUUCAGCAAAGCCAUGUUACUUGUUCCAUGUCUUGUUCAGUCAUUUCCAACAUUAAAGAAGCUGAAAUUAAA